GAACCGGGAUUCAUUUCAAAAUUUCGAACCAAUCGAAUUAACCGCCCGAAUUUACUUUGUCUAGAAGCAUAAUCAGUGUCCGAGAGAGCACAUAGAGUCUUGUCUGCGAUCGCGCCGCCACCAACGGCGACUUGUCGCCGCAGUAUCCCAUAAACCAGCGGCCUUUCCCCCUAAUUCUAAACCUAACGGCAGUUCCUCCCCGCCCAAGCCUGCCGGUGAGCGGGUGGCAGGAUUGUUUUUCUCCAAUCAUAAAAUGGUAUAUGGACGGGUAGAAGAUCCGUCUAAAGUCUUUUCACUUCACCGACUCUUGUGCCUAUCCGACGGCUCUCAUCACUCGAUUGGGUUGGCUGAGGGGAAUCUUGUCCGUUCAUUUUUCCUAAGUGAGGGGUCGAUCCCCGCUCCGCCCGCUUAAAAGGUGCUCCCCCCCUCUCCGCCUUCCCCAACCAGCAACGCGGAAGACUCUCGCUCAUUGUUCUCUGCAGGAAGGAGGAGGUAUUUUUGCAGGAGGAUGGCGAACAUCGACAUCGAGGGGAUCCUGAAGUCACUGCCCGACGAGGGACGCUUGCCGAAGACGAAGAUCGUGUGCACGCUAGGACCGGCGUCGAGGUCGGUGCCGAUGCUGGAGAAACUGAUCCGGGCGGGCAUGAACGUCGCGAGGUUCAACUUCUCCCAUGGGACGCACGAGUAUCACCAGGAAACCCUCGACAACCUCAGGAUCGCCAUGCAAAACACCGGGAUCUUGUGCGCCGUCAUGCUCGAUACCAAGGGUCCUGAGAUCCGCACUGGCUUCCUGGAGGAUGGCAAACCAGUACAACUCAGGGAGGGGCAAGAAAUCACCAUCAGCACAGAUUACAGCAUCAAGGGCGACGAGAACACCAUCUCCAUGAGUUACAAGAAGCUGCCGGUAGACCUGAAACCUGGAAACACCAUCUUGUGUGCGGACGGCACAAUAACCAUGACCGUGCUGUCGUGUGACCCUGCCGCCGGAACUGUGAGAUGCCGGUGCCAGAACACCGCGAAGCUUGGCGAGAGGAAGAACGUCAAUCUUCCCGGCGUCGUGGUGGACCUCCCCACUCUGACGGAGAAGGACAAGGAAGACAUACUGGGAUGGGGUGUUCCCAACAAGAUCGAUAUGAUCGCCCUCUCUUUCGUGCGCAAAGGCUCGGAUCUCGUCACUGUUCGGGAGGUUCUAGGGACUCAUGCAAAUACCAUCAAGCUCAUGUCGAAGGUGGAGAACCAGGAAGGCGUCGUAAAUUUCGACGAGAUAUUGAAGGAGACCGAUGCUUUUAUGGUUGCUCGCGGUGAUCUCGGAAUGGAGAUUCCCGUGGAGAAGAUAUUCCUCGCCCAGAAAAUGAUGAUCUACAAGUGCAACCUCGCCGGGAAGCCUGUCGUGACGGCCACCCAGAUGCUCGAGUCCAUGAUCAAGUCUCCUCGCCCCACACGCGCCGAGGCCACGGACGUCGCCAACGCCGUCCUCGACGGCACGGACUGCGUCAUGCUCAGCGGCGAGAGCGCCGCCGGCGCGUACCCGGAGCUGGCCGUGCGGAUCAUGGCCCGGAUAUGCUUGGAGGCCGAGUCGUCCCUGGAUUACGCGGCCAUCUUCAAGGCGAUGAUACGGUCGGCGCCGAUGCCGAUGAGCCCCUUGGAGAGCCUCGCGUCCUCCGCGGUGCGCACGGCCAACAAAGCCAGGGCCGCGCUGAUCGUGGUCUUGACGCGAGGCGGGACCACGGCCAAGCUUGUGGCCAAGUACCGGCCGCGGGUGCCAGUGCUGUCGGUGGUGGUGCCGGCGCUCACAACGGACACGUUCGGCUGGAGCGUGAGUGACGAGAGCCCCGCUAAGCACAGCCUCAUCCACAGGGGGCUCGUGCCGCUGCUGGCGGAGGGCUCGGCCAAGGCCACCGACACGGAGUCCACAGACGAGAUCCUGGAGGCUGCGCUCAAGUCUGCAGUGGCAAAGGGAUACUGCAAGCAGGGCGACGCCGUCGUCGCACUCCAUCGGAUCGGCAUUGCUUCCGUGAUCAAGAUCUGCAUCGUGAAAUGACGUUGAGGCGCUCUCUACCAAUUAAUAAUUUAAAGCCAGUGGCCCAGUGACGUACUCCAUUGAGAUAUUUACAAUGCUAUUUUGCUGUGACAGUUGAUGUAGGUUUGAGUUUGGAUUGCUUUGUUAUUUGCAGUUUAGUUUUACAGCUGUUAUUUCUGUUUUGAGCUAGAAAAUACCGUCAUCAUUGGAUAAUUAAAUCUAUUUUAGAA